UCUAAUUCCAAAACAGUUAUCUAUCCUCUUAAAAACCACGGCCACUCCUACGCCCGCCUCCGCCGAAUAAAACGCUGUAAUUUUCCUCAUCUUCAUUUCUAUCUCAAUGUCUGGGCACUCAUCACGCAUCGCGCAGUAUGAUCCAGUAAUACUUACCAGUUAACCAAUCAAAUUAGCAGACAGAACAGUGCCAAACUAGUAACUGGGAAUUCUGGCCGAUUGAUUGUGAUCCUCUUGUGGAAUCUGGAAAGGGGUAUCUAAUCUACCUUAGAAUUUACCAACAAGAAGAAGAAGGAGACGAAGCAGCAGGCAUGUACUCGUGCCACAGUACUAGUAGUAGUAGUUUGUCAGCCUUGUCGCCGUUGUUGGUUAACUCGGUUGAUCCUCCUGGGCGACAGCUAAGGCUACCCUUGAAAUUGAAUAAUGCUCCUGUGGUUGGGUUGUGGCUGCAUAAUAACCCUAGGACUUCAAUUCCUCAGACUAAAACCAUCACCACCAAGUGCCAGGCAGUGGGAGAAAGCAGCUCACAGCCAUCAGAAGAGGCAGUGGUGUAUCAAGGAGUUUAUGGUCCCUGGACCAUUCAACCCUCUGAUGUUCAGGAGGUGAUUCUGUACAGGUCAGGGUUAGUAACUGCUGCUGCAUCAUUUGUUCUUGCAUCAUCUACAGCUUUCUUACCUGACGAUUCUACAAUCGGUGGUUUUAUUAAGACAAACCUUGACCUCUUCCAUGCUCUUGGAGCUUGUGGAUUAGGCUUGUCACUCUACCUUAUUCACAUCUAUGUAACUCAAAUCAAGCGCAUGCUUCAGGCUCUGUGGUUUCUUGGUGCUUUUGGAUCUUUGGUUACUUAUGCAAGCUUUGCUCAACCAGCUGGAAAAACUUUAGUAGAUUAUGUAAUUGAAAAUCCAACAGCUAUCUGGUUUGUUGGUCCACUCUUUGCUGCCCUCACUGGACUUGUCUUCAAGGAAGGUCUUUGUUAUGGCAAACUGGAAGCUGGUAUUCUCACAUUCAUUAUUCCUGCAGUUCUGCUUGGACACCUGACAGGCCUGAUGGAUGAUGGAGUAAAAGUUAGUCUACUUGGUAUAUGGAUGGCUCUCUUUGUGGUGUUCGCAGGAAGAAAGUUUUUCCAGCCCAUCAAGGAUGAUAUAGGAGAUAAAUCCGUCUUUAUGUUCAAUAGUUUGCCGGAAGAAGAGAAAAAGGAGCUUAUGAAUAAGCUGGAGCGGGAGACGAAGUCAGGAUCUUAAUUGGGCAAAUCAUACACCUGGCCAACAAAUUUGAGUAAUAAUCGUAGUUUGCUGCCUCCCAGUUUUCUCUUAUAUGUAUAUAUGUUUUCCUUAGACAUUAUAUUUCGUGUAUCUUUGUACAUAAUGGGUUGAUGUAUGUAAUCUGCUGGUUAUUAGCAAAUACGGACUGGAAGGAUAUCCAAAUAAUCCCUUCGUCCCAUAAAAAAUAGGUAGGUCUAUUUGUUUGCAAUC